AACACAAUGAGCCACAUGUCUUGGUGCAAGUGCAUGCCUCUCUGCAAUACCGGAGAAAGGGAAGUGAUUUAUCCCACUAUAAAUGACUGAUGCUGUCACUCAGCAAGAGGCUGGGCUUAAGAGAACCGUUUGGAAACACGCCUCCCCCCUCAUUCCUUCUCUGACAGUCCUGCAGCUAACAUCUAUUCUGUGUGGGAUAAGAAUCUGCAGAGAGAAGUGGAAGCACCUACUUACUAUAACACAGAGAAAGAGGUUGCAGUGAGAAGUAAAGAAGGAAUAUAUCAUUUUUCUUUUUACAAAUAGGUGAUACAUUCCCUUUAACGGUGCAGAGGCACGUGUCACACGAUCCUUCCUUUUAUGGGUGAUGUCCAACAUUGCGAGGAUUUAGGAAUACAAUGUAAAGGAAGACUUUUUCGACUCUCAUCCUUAGACCUAAACAGAAGAGUGUCAGGCUGGAGACCUGGAGACAGCCUGAGAAUGAAACGCAAGAAAAUAGCAGUUGCAGCCGGGUUCUGCCUGACCUUUUUCCUUGGCACUCUGUUAAAUUUACUGUGCGUGCCUGGGUUUGACCAUAAUCACCAGUUACAGGACAAGGGGACCCCUGAACCACUUGGUGCAUCAUGGCCAGGCAAGGGAGCCUCUCUGGACUUGUUGAGGCAACUCCAAGAAAGGUACCAGGAGGUGAUCCGCUACAGAGAACACCAAGCCCCAGUCUCUGCCACGGAAAGGCUGCUGAGACCCUUAGAGAGGAGGCUCAUGGACCUAGCCCAACAAUCCUCAUCUGAACACCACCAGAAGUGGGAAAGUCCAAAGAGAUCCAGGUUUGAUCAGGACAUACUCUCUCAGUUACAUCCCAGUUCAAAAAUAGAUUUGUCUCUACAGCCACCUUUGUUGGGUUGCCAGGACAUUAGUAAAGGAACUGAUGUACGUUAUUUGGGUUCUGGUUAUACAAAAGCUGUUUAUAGAUUGGUCUUGAAUGACACUGUGUCAGUGGCACUGAAAUCUGUUGAUUUUGGAGGACACGACAUACAGAAUUGUGUUAAACAUUAUAGGACAUUAGAAGACUGCUACCGAUUGGCCUCUUUCAAGAUUGUUAAAGAAAUGAUUUUACUGCAAAGACUUCAGCACCCAAACAUCCUGCAGCUGCAUGGCUACUGUUACCAAGACAGUAAUGAUAUAUCUGACACGCUGACAACUAUCACUGAACUGGGAUCCCCACUAGAGAUGAUUCAGCUCUUACAGUCUUCUUGGGAGGACAGAUUUCGAAUCUGCCUCAGCUUAGUACGACUGCUGGAUUACUUAGCCCAUUCUCCCCUCGGCUCCAUAACUCUCCUGGAUUUUCGUCCACGGCAGUUUGUCAUCGUUGAUGGUGAACUGAAAGUAACUGAUUUAGAUGAUGCAAGCAUGGAGGAGACACCUUGUACUACCAAUGAUAAUUGCUUUAUGGAAUUCCCAGCUAGAAACUUUACACUGCCAUGCUCUGUAGAAGGCAGAUGUCAAAACAUGAAUGAGAAGAGGAACCUCUACAAUGCAUACAGGUUCUUUUUUACGUAUCUCCUUCCUCACAGUGCACCACAGUCCCUAAGACCACUGCUGGAUGCUAUAGUGAAUGCCACAGGUGAACUGCGAUGGAGUAUUGAGGAAACAGCCGCACAAUUUGAGAAGGUCCUUUACUUAUACAAGAGUGGCUUGUACCUGUCAAAUGUUACACAUGUACCUAAAGCUGACUACAGAGCAGAGAAAGACGUCUCCAUAGUUGAUGAAGACUACAGAUGUUGGCCAUCUUACCAUCAUAACGGGUGCCUCCUAUCAGUGUUUGAUAUAAAUGAGGCAAUAGAAGUUUGUGAAAACCAUUCACAGUGCAAGGCUUUUGUUUGGAGUAAUCAGACAACCUGGACAGGUCGACAGCUUGUCCUCUUCAAAGCUGGAUCCAAGAAUCUUGUGUCUGAUCAAAACAAAAUAACGUACCUGAAAACGACAGACUGACGGAGACAUUUCUAUUUACAAUAAGACAACGCCGUUUGGAUGUGGCAUGGAAUUAUUUGGGGAAAAAUGCACUAAUAUUCAUUCUAAUUUCUAGAGUGGUAUUUGUAUUUACCUGAAUUGCUAGGGUGGAUGUGCAAUAAAUCAAAAUUAAUGUGAUUUAAAAGGAAAAAAAAACAAAGAUAAUGUGAUACACUGUUAGAAAUUAAUAUAAUGAAUAUAUGGUGAUUAUCUUUAAAUUGUAUUUAGUGCUAGCUCUGCAGUUAAGAAGAAUUACUUUUGGAUAGGUUCAAGAGUACCAAUGUCUGUCAGCUGCCGCUUUAACAAAUGCAAUGAGUGGUGCACUUGCACUGGCAGUUGUUACCUAGUGUUUCAUACAGGGAUGAGGAAGAAAGUGGUUAUUUGUUAUGUUAUAAAUACGUGUUACCUUAAAUUAUAAGAUUUUAAUUAUAAAACAUCUUAACUGAAGAUGUUCAUCCAGGGUAAUGCUUGCAAACCAAUGUCAAAGCACAGAUACUGUGGCUCAAAGUGGUAUAAAACGUUCUUAUAUCAGGUAAAAAUGUAAAAAAGGAUACAAGAGACAGAAAUGAGUGACCCAUUGGUACAAAUAUCUUGCCAGUUCAACUGUUGCAAAUCCGUAACCACUGCACAAUGAGACAUCAGGGGGGGUUAUUUGAGAAAGUCUGGUUUCAACUCCUAUCACUUUGGAUUGUGUUUCUGCUGAAAUUAUAAAGGGCAAUGCUUCUACUAGCCAUGUAAAGCAUUUCCCUUUUAAAUAUUGGGCAGAAACAUUAUCUGAAGUGACCGGUUUUACAACUCUUCAUAAAUAAACCUGAAUUGCCAAAGACAGAAUGCAGAAUAAACUUUCCAUGUAUUCCUUGCAAAAUAUGGGUUCAAUGGAAGUAUAAAAUAUAAUUGCCAUAUUUAUCAGGGAGAAAUUAGGGAUGUAUGUAUAUGUACCAGUCUGUACAUUUGGAGUAUUGUGCAAGUAUGUGUUUACUUCAUUCAUAUUUUUAUGUACUGUACCUAGGGGUCUGUUCAUGAUGCAGUGAAAAGUGUGGAGUAGUGAGCCAGUGCAGAAGUUGCCUUUGGCGACCAAUCAGCAUUGAAGUUACAUUUUAUAAUUUGCAUACUGAAAAAUGAUACAGAGCAGCUGAUUGGUUGCCAUGGGCAACUUCUCAACUGGCUUACUUCUCCACUCUUUUCACUGCUUCAUGAAUAGACCCCUAGUCCUUUGCAACAUUAAUAUUUCCCACAAAGCGCUAUUAAACCAAAUAUUUAAUACACUGUUUUAGCUGCAAGUUGUACCAAAAGUAACUGUUUUCCUAAAUACUUAACACCAAAAAAAUCAUGUGUACCUAAAAAUCUCAAACUGCAUGUUUAAGGAAUUGGCAAACAUUGGCUUCUACUUGUUACUCAUGCCCCCUUCAAGCCGCCAGCUUGUAACCUGGAUAAUUGCACAUGAGCGAGCAUAUCCCGGGUCGCUGUGCGGUCUGAAAGGGCCAGGAGAAAUAUCCCAGGUCGAACGACCCAGUAUUUCACCCCUGGUAGUGACUAGGGUUGAACACGGUUUCAACUCUUGUCACUGUUCGUGUGAAUGAGUUAACGAGUCGAUGCAACCCAUUUCCUGUUCACACAUUAUAGAUGGGCAGCGCUUGGAGAUCAUCUGAUCUCCAAGUGCCGCCUCUGCACGCAUAACCGCUGAUGUCACCAGCCCGGCAAUAUGCCAGGCUGGGGACACCGCUGUGAAAGGGGCCGAGGCGAGUUGCUCCUGGGUAGCACCCGUGUACCUGGGGGCAACCCACCAAUAGCGGUGUGAAAGGGGUGUUAGAUUAACUUAGGAUAAUAUAGACUGAAAGCAGUUGCAGGGAUAUGUAAUUCAAUGUAUUUGUUAUUGUCAUACAACACCAACAAUAGAAAAUAAAAUACCAAAAUAUGCUUUCAAAUAUAUUUUAAUGCCUAUCCAAGCCAGGAAUUUGAUUCAUACUAGUGGCCAAUAUACAGUUAUGUCUUGAGCUGGGUACACUUUAUGAGAUAGUGUGUGCCAAUCCAAUAAAAGCUGCUAUCCGGCAUAGCCAUUAUAAGAUUGGUGUGCACCUGUACAAUGUAUACUUUCUUCAGAUCUCCUUAAUGGGAUCAGGGUGUCGGGGACAACAAUACGUGUGCACCACACCAGAUUCCGACCUCCCGAUUUGACCCUUGCAGGAAUGUUUGAAGCUGUUUAUUGGCUAACACUUCCCCAUACACACUAUUGGGAUGAUUGGCCCAAUAAUUGUGUAGUGUGUACCCAGCUUUAUUGCUAAAUGUUAUCUAUCACAGUCAAAGACAAAUGGCUUCUCUUUGGAUCUUGACAAGGAUAGAACCGACAGGUACCAGCUCUCCAGGCUAGCUUUACAAUGAGAUUUUUUUUAAAAUGUAUUUUGAUAUUUCCAAUCUGGAAGAGGUUUGAGACUUUAAACGGGAGCAAUUGCCGACAUGCGGUAGAAUGAGAGAGACAGCACCUGAACUGAAAUAAUAUCCCUGAGAGUGCAGCCUAUUAGUGCACUAGUGACUUGAUUGGCUAAAUAUUGUUUAAACAGAGAAAAAGGAUUACUCUAAUGGAUGUAUGUGAUAGGCAUGUAAAUCUGAAUGCUUUGCUACCCUAUAUGUAAAUAACUUAUUUGAGUGCUACCUAUUUGAUGUAAAAAAAAAUAUAAUAUUACAUCCCAACAAUGAAAUAUUUCUGUUUUACAGUAUGAUCAAGUAGUUUGAAAGAAAAAUGCCAUCAAAAUAGAAUGUGUUUUUAAUAUGUUGUUUAAAAUUAACUAUAAUUGAAUUGCGUAAAUUAUUUAGUUCACAAACUACAUUGUUGUGUAAUUUAAUUUAUAUGUAUUGUUUUGGUGCCAUUCAUUUUAUUUAGCAUUUUGGUUAUUCUGAUUCAUAACCUGUAGGUGUCACUGUGGCUAUUGCUAUCCCUGCAGAGAUUUAGUCUGUGACUAAAUAACAUUCAUAGAUAUCAUCAGGAAGUGCAUCAUAGCAAAUCACUAGAUGAAAACUAUUGUAAAUUUCAUUACAGUGGUCAAUUAUAUUUAAUUUUAUACAGCAUUAAAUAAAACUGAAUUUUAAUUACCAGCCUUAUUUAACAAAAACUACUCAAUCGUUAUUGGUGCUGAAAAUAGUGAUAUUUAAAAGGUACAGAUAGUAUCUAAUUUAUUUGCUUUCAGUGAAAGCUGCCACUGAAAAUCGCUCUACUAUUUUGUAAUUUGUAUGGACAGAUUGCUUUUGUACUUCUGUUUCUAAAAGUUUUUAUUUUUCUAAAAAAUAAAGUGUCAAAAU